UCUUCUACCUUCUAAACCCUGAACCCUACAACAAUUUUCAAUCUUCAAUUUCCCAUUUCUCUUAUCAUAUUUUCACUAAAACCCAAAAUCUCCCAUGGCACUUUCAAAACUAAGCUUCUUAACCCACCUCAAAUGCAUUGCCACCCACUGCCACCGUCACCGUCACCACCACCACCACCACCACCUCCCCCCACCUUCUAUAAUCUCUCUCCGCUUCCUCUCCUACUCUUCCGCAGAAGAGGCCGCAGCAGAACGCCGUCGUCGCAAACGCCGUCUCCGUAUCGAACCACCUCUUUCCUCUCUCCACCGCACCCAACAACAACAGCAAAAACAACAAAUCCCUAAACCCAUUCAAAACCCUAAUUCUCCAAAACUCCCCGAACCCAUAUCCGAACUUUCUGGAAAGCGCCACGACCUCCAUAACCGCAUUUUAACUCUGAUACGUGAGAAUGACCUCGACGAGGCCGCCCUUUUUACUCGCCACUCUGUUUACUCUAAUUGUCGGCCCACCAUAUAUACGGUUAAUGCUGUGCUUAAUGCGCAGCUACGGCAGUCGAAAUAUUCGGAUUUGCUAUCGCUUCAUCGAUUUAUUAUUCAGGCUGGUAUUGCACCGAAUAUUAUUACUCAUAAUUUGAUUUUCCAGACUUAUCUUGAUUGCAGGAAGCCAGAUACUGCACUUGAGCAUUAUAAGCAAUUGAUAAAUGAUGCACCUUUUAAUCCUUCUCCGACGACUUAUCGGAUAUUGAUUAAAGGGUUGGUGGAUAAUGGGAAGGUUGAUAAAGCUUUGGAGUUGAAAGAUGAGAUUAUUGGGGUUAGGGGUUUUACACCGGACCCACUUGUUUAUCAUUAUUUGAUGGUUGGUUGUGUUAGAAAUUUGGAUUCGGAGGGAGUUUUUAGGCUCUUUGAUGAGUUGAAGGAGAAGAUGGGUGGUGGAGUUAUUGAGGAUGGGGUUGUUUAUGGUGAUUUGAUGAAGGGUUAUUUCAUGAAGGGAAUGGAAAAUGAGGCCAUGGAGUGUUAUGAAGAGGCUGUUGGGGAGAAUUCAAAGGUUAGAAUGAAUGCUGUUGCGUAUAAUUCUGUGUUGGAUGCUUUGUGUAAGAAUGGAAAGUUUGAUGUGGCUUUGAAGUUGUUUGAUAGGAUGUUACAACAACAUAAUCCGCCUAGGUAUUUGGCUGUUAAUUUAGGGAGCUUUAAUGUGAUUGUUGAUGGUUAUUGUGCGCAAGGGAGAUUUGAGGAUGCUAUUGAUGUUUUCAGAAAGAUGGGUGAUUAUAGAUGCAGUCCUGAUGUUUUGUCAUAUAAUAACUUGAUUGACCAGUUGUGUAAAAAUGGAAUGUUGGUUGAGGCUGAGGACCUUUAUGGAGAGAUGGAUGGAAAGGGAGUGAAGCCCGAUGAGUAUACUUAUGGUCUUCUGAUGGAUACUUGUUUGGAGAAAGAUAGAGUUGAUGAUGGAGCUGGAUACUUCAGAAAAAUGGUGGACACAGGGUUGAGACCUAACUUGGCUGUUUAUAAUAGAUUGGUAGAUAAGUUGGUUAAAUUGAAGAAGAUUGAUGAGGCAAAGUCAUUUUAUUAUUUGAUGGUGAAGAAACUCAAGAUGGAUAAUGCUAGUUACAAGUUUAUGAUGGAGGCAUUGGCUGAUAAUGAUCAGAUGGAUGAGCUGAUUAAAAUGGUUGAUGGAAUGUUGGAUGAUGAGGCGAUUGAGCUUGAUUUGGAGUUGCAGGAGUUUGCCAAGGAAUUAUUAGGAAGGGUAGGAAGAGGAGAGGAAUUGAUGGAGCUUAUGGAGAAGAAGGAAAAGGAGAAGGCUGAAGCUAAGGCUAAGGAGGCUGAGGCAGCUGAGGCUGCCAAGAGAAGUGCGAAAGCUGCUGUGGCUUCUUUGCUUCCUUCCAAGUUGUUUGGGAACAAAGAAGCUGAGACAGAGUCAAAGGAGGCCAAUGGAAAUGGUUCUGAGGCUGCCUCUGUAAAUGAAGGUGCUCCUGUUGAGGAAGCUACAAUUGUAGGGUCUGUUCCUGCUGACAUGAACACAAAGGAGGAUGUGAUACAAGGUGAGACAGAGGCUAAAAGUGAUGCUGCAACAGGGCAAUAGUUGUUAACACAGCUUGAAUGAGCUUAUGAGGAAAUGAUAAACUUUUAUGCUCCUUUCUUCAGUUAUGUAACUAAACAUGUUAGAAAAAUGAGUAUGGGUUUAUGUGCAUCUCACUGAAGUGGAUUAUGCUGUUUUCACUCUCCACUAGAAACAUUUGUUUGGUUCUGAUUAUAGAAGCAAGCAUUGGAAUUCCUUUGA